AUGUUACGUGGCGGACGUGUAUUCCGCAGCGUGGGUGGGUGGCGGUCGAAACCGAUUGGAGAAAUGGACCGUCGUGGCCGCUUUAAUUUUGAUGAGGCCGCUGCCGCCCUCAAUCUUGACGCCGCCUACGUCGCAGCGUUAUACAAACCCCUACACUACACCUUUGCUGUACGCGGGCAACAUUACCCGGCGGAGCAGGGCCGAGUGAGUCGCCCGGGAUCUCUUAGCUCUUCACGCAAUCGCAUGUUUCCACUUUACCGUCGUAACAACCGUCUGGACGCACAACUGUUGCGUUUAAGUCGACGUCGCAUCUCCACAGAGUGA